CCCAUCACGACUCUCUGUCUCGCGCUCUCACACACACGCACGCGCGCACAUACACUGCCCCAUACACAACACCAGCCUGAUUGUGCGGACGGUGCGGUUGAGUCGGGCUCGCGCUCGGCUAGGAAACACUCGUUCGGGUCUGACACGGAACAGCAAUCAGGCCGGAAGUGCGCUGCUCGUGCGUUCGGUUCUGAUCGGAGAUACACGUACAGAAGGAGAGAGCGUGAGGCGCGUGGAGAUAAGGAGGCAGGAAAGCGCGAGGCGCAGACGUUGUCUCCAUCCAUGCAGUCGUGUUACAGUUAAGAUGGAGGACCAGAUUGAAGGUGUUCAGGUCGGGGAGAAUAAAUACGUCAGCAAGAGCAGCAUCCUUGCCCACCUGAAGACCUAUAACCUCUAUUAUGAAGGACAAAACCUGCAGCUGAGACACAGAGAGGAAGAAGGUGAGCUGAUCGUUGAGGGUCUCCUGAAUAUCUCUUGGGGGCUGCGGCGACCAAUCAGAUUGCAGAUGCAGGAUGACAACGAACGAAUCAAACCACCUCCCUCAUCUACAUCCUGGCACUCGGGCUGUAACCUGGGCAACCAGAGCGCUGAGGCUCAGAAACAAGCUCCGCCCUCCAUCGAGGUCACAGCGCCUGAGAGCCGAUCGGAAAACAGCAUGAUGAACGAAAACGACGAGGAGGAGGAGGAGGAGGAAGACACCAGCUCUCAGCUGCUGAGGACCAAAAGUGAUGCGGGUGUUUUGAGGCGCGGUAACAGGCGGUCUCCUAGCGACCAGCGGCGAAUCAGAAGGCACCGUUUCUCCAUCAACGGCCACUUUUACAACCACAAGACAGCGGUGUUCACUCCUGCGUACGGCUCCGUCACUAACGUACGGAUAAACAGCUGCAUGACGACGCCACAGGUGCUGCGUGUUUUACUCAACAAGUUUAAGAUUGAGAACAGUCCUGAUGAUUUUGCGCUCUACAUUGUCCACGCCAGUGGAGAGCGAGUUAAACUGAAGCCCACAGAUCACCCACUGGUGUUGAGGAUCCUACAGGGUCCGUGUGAGCAGGUCUGCAGGAUCUUCCUCAUGGAGCAGGACCUCGGAGAGGAGGUCACGUACGACGUGGCACAGUACAUCAAGUUUGAGAUGCCUGUGCUUCAGAGUUUCAUCACCAAACUGAAAGAGGAGGAAGACAGGGAGGUGCAGAAGCUCAAACGCAGAUAUAAGUAUCUGCGCUUCAUCAUUGAGAAGCAGCUGCAGUGUUCUCCGGAUGGUUCCACGUCCAUGUGAAGAAGCUCCUACGGCUCCGACGCUCCUCCCUCCGUCAUGUCCUCACGCUCCUGAUGUGCUCUUCAUGUCCCUGCAGAAGAGCUCGAGAUCAGCCCGUCUUCUCUGCACGUGCGAUCGAUCGAUCGCAGUCCGUCCUCGCGUGGCUCGCCCACAGCCAGUAUUUUCAAUUAUAUGGAACGAUGGUACUUAUUACCUUUAUUUCUGUGUGAAACGUUACCUGCUUUCGUCACGCAGGAUGGUCCGGGUGGUCUUCAGCGUCGCGAUUGACCAGGAAGGGUUCAGGGUUUUAGAAGUGUUCAGGGUUUUCAGUCGAUUCUUUUCCUGCGUUUCAAAACACGCCGUCGACGUCAUUGCGUACGUGUCACCUACAGCGGCACAAGACGAAGUGUGAAGCUUUCUAAUUGGCUAGCUUGCCGACUAGCUAAGAAAUCCACGUCAAUUAAGUUGCCUAGGAACAUUUGCUAGCUAACUAUGCAAACAGUAAUUAAUCAGAGUUGUAUUAUUAUUACAAUACACGACGCUAAGCAGCUAGCUGGCUAGAAUUAGCGUGCUAGCUGGAAAACAAAGCACACAAUAAAACAUAUAAACGAACAGACACAUCGAAAGCAAGCGAUGCUUGACUAUGACUUUGAUUUUGAAGUACAGAAAUAUAGCUAGCGAAUUAGACGGGUAACAUUAGCGGACUAGCUAAGACGGUUCUAUGGUAAGGAAAUGAGGCAGGCUAGCUAGCUGGAAAAAUUAGCGAACACAAAACUCCCGACAAAUUUUCCAGCUCUUUGGACGUUCCGGCGCUUUCCGACGCUUAAACUUAUAAACAACCUCUUUUUGGUGUGUUAAUUAGCUAGCUAGCAAAGAAAUUGUCAAAUGUCAUAUAGUUAUAUUUUUUAAAUAUUCCAGUUUUAAUAAUUAAAUCUAUAAACGGAUUCCUCUGAUUAUUGUUUUUGGCGCCCCCUAAAGGCACAAAAUAGAAAAGCACAUUCGAUCAACCUGAGCCAGUUGCUUCUGUGUAAGAAGACUCGAUAAUAAGCACAAUAUAACACACACACACACACACACACACACACUACUUUUAUGAACUAGUCAUGUUUAGCAAACCAAUCUCAGCCUAACAUGUGAUGUGUUAAUGUGUAUGAAGUAGUGAACAUGUUUACGCUGUCAUUAACUAAAGCACAAGCUGCAGGAGAAGUUUGUGUGUGUGCGUGUGCGUGUAUGCUUUUAGAGAGAAUAAAUUUGUAAUGUUUUUAUCCCUUUUUGUUAAACUCGCUUCAUUAUUUUUUUACACCACAUUCUCCUCUUGUAAAGUUUUGGAUGCUUAGAGAAAUCUCCAUCCAGCAUGUCUCUAGUUUUAACAGUGAAGUCGAGGUGAAUGCUGACAAAAUUAAACACAAUUGGAAAACAAAA